CAUACAGCCGCGCAGACGUGUGAGCAGGUCGCAGCUCAGGAAGAGUCAGUGACAGCAGGAACAGCUACUGUGAACUGGUGACAAAUUAGAGUGUGUUGAGCAAGCAAGAUGUCUUUUGCCAGGGAUCGACUUUAUAAUGGCUAUUUGCGACAGAAUAUGCCGGCCAUUGUUAGCAGGGUGAAAGUGAGAGAAAUAGUACCGUACCUCCCCUGCCUGACGAGUCAUGACAGGGAAAACAUAGAGGCCAAACGGGAAACAUCUGGGAAUUUCAAUGCCAUGGUGCUUCUCCUGGACUGUCUGAAGAGGAGGGAGAACUGGCCGGAGCAGUUCAUCCAGGCGCUGGAGGCUUGUGAGCACCCAAACCUCGCAGCUGAGAUCCAAACAGAAUACGACUCCCUGCUACGGGGUAGCAAUCCCAGCUCAGGCUCGGCUGCAGCUACCGUGGUCAGGGCUCAUGUCCACCCGGCUCCAGCCGCCAGCCAGCUGCCCGUCUCUGAGAGCGUUGCAGAUGUUCAGCCGGCUCCCCCCGAGCCAGCCUCUCAGGCCCCGGCUCCUGUCCACGCUGCUGCACAAAAUCUCCUGCCCGAUAAACAAAAUCUUGACCCUCAGAUGGCAGCCGAUUCUCUACCUGAACCCAUCUCUGAGCUGCCCGCUCAGGAUGAGCUUCCACGUCUUCCGUCUACUCCACCCCCAUCUCCUGAGAUCCAGCAUGCAACCGAGGGAAAACAUGCUCCCCACCAGGAGCCAGAAGAAAACUUAGAGUCUGAUAUCCAGGAUCCUUCUGGUGAUACCAGCGCAGGGAGGAAAGAAGCUGGCGCCGCUGUCGUCGUGGCCGCUGCUGUUGCCAUGGUGACCUCCUCUCAGGAUCAGCAACAGCAGCAACAUCCGGUCCCUCAAAGUGGAGCUGAUCAUCUCCAAACAGCAGCCGCCACAAAGCCGAGUCCGUCUUUAACAUCGGUCAGCUCUGAUGUGUCUGAUGGGUCAUCUGUGCUAACUCUGACUCCAGAGAAACAUCCAGUCCAGGACACGACCCCACCAGCACACAAGAUUCCUCUGCAGCCCCAGAUGAGCGCUGAACAUACAGCUGCUCAGGCUGUUAAAAGUAGACCGCAGACUGACUCUUCUUCUCCUGAGCCGUUUGCCAACAAGAGAAACGUCUUUCAUCAAGACGCCGAUGAUAACUCGGUGUGCCUGAGCAAACCUAGUCAGCUCGUCAGCAUCCAGCCAGUUAAUCACCCCAGUCCUUCAGUCCAGCCGCAGAGCUCCUUGCUGCAGCCUUACUCCGGCGACAGUGCCCGACUGGAACUAAGUGACCCUUCGUCAGACCUUCCUUCCUGCACUGCUCAAGUUGAGAAGCCCGAUUCAGCAGAACCGCGUCAGGAGAACGUGAUUGUUCCAGACCACAGUGAACCAGAGGAGAACCACUACGAGUCUCCAAACCAGAGCUUCGACGUGGCAGAGAAUGUGGUUCACGUAGCAGAGAUGCCAUCCAUCCUCAAUUGUGACGGCCAAGCUCCAGAGCCACAACUUCAAAUCGUCAAUGGAGAACCGGUCAAAGGAAGCUUUUCUGCAAGCGUCAACACUGCAGAUGAGACUGCGUCGAGUUUUAACAGCCUCCACAGCGAGAGCUACACUCCCAUCGAGUCAAAGCCUCUGCCCAAUUCAGAGAAAACCACUCCUCCCAACCCCAGCGACGGCCAAUCCACGACAAGAAAGUACAUUCUGAUCGGAGCUGGAGUGGGGGCCUGCGCUCUAUUGAUGGCGUUGAAGUUUAAGCAUUGAGGGGGUAAGGAUAGAGACUGGGAAUCGUCAUGGUGUCUAUUGUAAUCCUUGUACUGAGAGGGCACAGGACAGACGUUUAAUAAUUACCCAUAGUAACGAAAGCUACCAUGCCAGACCUUUGAUUAUGUCAUUAAUUCAUAUCUGUUGUUGGUGUUCAGCAAUGAAUGACUUUGACUUUGGAAUAAUAAAAAAAACAAAUCCAAACUCUUGACAUCAGCUGUGACACUUCAGUGAGGUGAGGUGGCAUCUCAGGUUAUUUCAAAUGUGGGUUUUUAUAAAGGUACCUGAUG